AGGGGGUCGUGUUCCUUCCCUGCGCCUCUUACCUAACGCACCAGGGAGGCUGGAGGCUGGAGUCGUCGUCGCCAGUGUGGGCGUUGGACGAGGCUGUACACUGCCCAGUUGUCCGGUAUUCACCGUCUCAAGUGCCGAUCAUGAAAAAGGAUAAAUCCACCGUCCUCCCCCAGUUUCAAAUUCUCUCUUCUCCAUCUAACCCUCUUUCCGUCACCCCUUUACGCCUAUCUCUCUCUCUCUCUCUAACUGACACCCAUCCAAAAUCAAGCCACAAUGGGAAAAGCGGGCCGUGUCGCGUGUAUCUUCACGCCUUAUGUGCUUACGAUCGCCUCGCUGAUCUGUAUUAUUUUCGUUGGCCUGGGCUGCACCAAGUCCAGCUCUAACACUUUAAACGACCUUUACUUUAUGCGGAUCAAUCUCCAAAAUAUCAGCAGCGAAGGAUCUAAAACAACAACCGAAAUCGAGAAUCUCCUUGAAGAGUAUGGAAUCACGAGCGUCAGCGCCAAGAAUGUCUCCGAUGUCCUCAGCAAACUCCAGGAAGACAGCACACUGGCGGAUUUCUACCAGAUCGGUCUCUGGGGCUACUGCGAUGGUGAUAUUAGCAACAACAAGGCGAACGUGACGGAAUGCUCCAAGCCUAAGAGCGAGUUCUACUUCGACCCCUUCUCCGUCUGGGGCCUGAACUCCUCGGAUAUCACGGACGAACUGCCCAGCGACUACACCAAGGUCCUGAAGACCUACAAGACGGUCUCGAAAUGGAUGUUCAUCGCCUACCUGGUCGCCUUCAUCGUCACCAUCGUUGAAAUUGUGCUUGGUUUCUUUGCCAUUUGCAGCCGCUGGGGCAGCUGUGUCACCACUCUCUUUGCCCUGCUUGCCUUCCUCUUCACAACCGCUGCCUCGGUCACCUCGACCGUCCUCUUCUCCAUUUUCAAGUCUUCCCUGGGCACAACUCUCAAGGCCUACGGAAUUAGCCUAUCAAUGGGCAAGAACAUCUUCGCUGCUACUUGGUUGGCCGUUGUCUUCUCCCUCGCCGCUCUGAUCUUCUGGACCUUCAGCGUCUGCUGCUGCUCCGGUCGCUCGCCAUACGGCAAUCGCAACAACAAUGCCAUUCGCGGGGUCACCGCCGAAAAGGCACCCUACACCUACGAACCUGUCGGUGCCGGCCAGGUCCCCUAUGGCCACCACCAGCACACCUCGUACCCAGCCCCCGCCGCUCACGGCGGCGAGUACCCCAUGACCAACACCAACCAGCGAUCGAACGCCUACGAGCCCUUCCGCCACUCCUAAGCUAAGCGCAAAGCGACAUGCUUCAAAUCCUCCAUUGUCUUUUUGUAUACAAUCACUCGUGAAGCGUUUUUAGACUGGGAUACCGCGGCGUUUUGUCUCGUCACUUUCUCUGGUUAUAUGGGCUUGGUCUUUUGCAUGAUAUUCUAACGACGACUUUCCUUUUCUCCCUCAUGACUCGAAUGCUUACCAGCGACAUUGCUGAUGGACCCUGAAUAUGUUUAUAUUGUGCCUUACGAAAAAUUCCCUUCCACUAUAUGAUCCAAUCAGAUAUCAACUUUCCA